AUGUUGGAAGUCUUUAUUGAAGAAGCAAUUAAGGCUUCAAAAGGUAUUUUUAAAAAGUACAAAGUUGAAAAAAGUUUUGAAGAAUUUGAUCCAAGCAUUAAAACGUUGGACAUGUACAGAAAGGCUGGAGACGAAAGGGUGGCUUUGAUUUAUUCUCAAAAAGAGUUGAAUGAAUUACCACAUAGACCGUUACCUUUGACUCCAUUAGAACAAUCAAUUAAAAAUGCUCCAUUAUACAACGAAUAUGAAGGGAAUUUCGAAGCAGGCGAACCUGUGUAUAAAAAAUUACCUAUGCCGAAAUCCAAAAAGGUUUUACAUAGAUUUGGAAAAAAGAAGUUAUAG